UAUAUCCUGUCAGAUACGCAGUUAUUAAAUGAAUCUUUGAAUAGACCUUAUGCUCACCGACUCAAGUUUAACAAAUAUACUCGUUGUGGUAAACAGAUAUAUAAAAAAAAAGUUGACACGAUUGAGAAAGGUUAUCUGAUUGCAAUCUAAUUCUUGUUGUAGAGUGGCGUAUCGCAAAUACGCUAUAGAGUGUAUAACCAACACUGUAAUAGAGAAAAUCUUGUAAAAUAUUUGAAAUGUGCACCCAACUAUGAUGCCUCCAACGAUAUUUUGAUGAGAGCAUAUACGAACUUGAUAUCAGCCAAUAUACCGGCCUUAUGGCGAGUCGUUUCCGAGUCAACAGAACCGGGAAAAGAAAUAACAUUAGAAUUAUGGGUGUUUUGGUUUGAUGAGAGACACACUGGAAAAAUUGACGCGAACGAUGACUUGUAUGCUUUAGAUGAAACCAAAGUUGGAUCGUUUACAUGGGAAAAUGCGUACAGCAAGAUUCAAUCCCCAACAGCUUCCCCUAUUGCUUCUUCAGCUCAAUCAAAUUCUAGUACACCUGUAACAGUUUCUGAUGAAUAUAGAAUGUUUGUAAAAUCCAUUCGAAAUCUUGUGCAUGUACAAAUGAAGGGAAAAGGCGCAUUUCCUUUGGGCGAAUUUUAUAUAUUCCCAAAUAGUGAUCAGGAUGUUAUUGGAGAGGACAAAACUAGCCAGUCCAAUUUAUUAAAUAUGGCCACUUCUUUGCUUUGUUGUUCUUACAAUAUUUAUUUGGCUAGCACCAACCUGAUCUUUCAGCCCAGCACACGUCGGAUGAGAAUCAGGCCGAUUACACUCCAAACUAUCCGUAACCGAGGAAAGAAAGUGAUCAUCAGUCCAUCGGGUGAAACGGUUUAUAUUGCCACCAACAAUUAUUCUUUACCUCAACAAAUGGAAGAAAACAUAUUAAAGAAAUGGUCGUUAUUAUUAGAUAUACCCUAUACCAACCUAAUUCAACCUACACAGCGAGACAAGCAACAAAAGAAACAGAAUGAACCCUCUCAAGAAAAGUCCAUACCGAAUUUAGUGGCAAUAAAGAUUUCGGCCUUAGACGAGACAUUUUUAUAUCCAGCACGUUUAAUCUUUAUAUCCUCCUCAUCCAAACUAUCACCGACCGCCAUGGCCGGAGUCAACGGGUUAUUUGGAUUUAAUCAAGGAUUUACCGAGGAUUUGGGAGAUAAAUGGCAUCGUUGGGCAUGGAGCGAAAAGAUUUCAAAUUAUUGGGAGUAUGCGUGUCCCAGGGACACAACCACCACGACCGUACUCGAUACCUUGUCUCAAGAGAAUAACAGCAACAGCAUGAUCAAUUUGCUACAAAAGGCAAUUAAUGAACCUGUCAUCGCCAGUCCCUUGAUGGCAACCAAAUCGGUUGCUACGCCAGGUUCUGCUACCUGUCAACGAAACGAUACGAAUAUCAGCAUGACACCUACAUCCUCCGUAAACGAGGAUGACGAUCCCAUGACGCAAUCGUAUCAACAACCGCAACAUCAGUUACAGCAGAGGUCAAAGGCAAGAUACCAGUCUGGAUUAUCGCUUGUGGAUUUCGCCAUGACCCAUUUUGCGAUGCCGAAUAGUAAUAUGGACGAUUUUCCUGAAUAUCCCGAGUUAAUGCACGAUAAUACAACGAACACACCUACACUGCAGCACCCUACCAUUAAAAUGAAUGAAAAUGGACAACAAAACCAAAAAAUGAACCAUGCAUUAAUAAAUUCAAAUAGUAUUCAUGUAAAUAAGAGCAUGCUAAAUAUUUCCAAUGAUAAUGCCAUGACCAGUGCCUCGAAUACAGCAAGUAACUCCACGUACCAGUCACCACAGAUCCCUAAUCUUGAAUUGGAGGCCUUUGGGAUCGUAGAGAAUAUGGAUGUCGAUAAUAUGGUACUGGAUAUACCCAAUCAAUGGGCGGGGGACGGUAUGGACGACCUGGAUAGUUUUGAUUUCGGAGUAACGGAAGAAGAUUUUGACUUUUUUGAGUCUGGACCAGCACCUGCGCCCGCCGCACCACCUGCACAUUUAACGGCUGUAGAACCAGAGCAUACGUUUGCAGAGAACGAUUUGAUGCUAAAUAAUUUGAUCAAGCAAGAAGCACCCUUUGAUAAUUUCGAGACGAAACAGCUUGCUAGCUUGAAUGAAAAACAACAACAACAUAUUUUGGACACGGAUAUGGAUGAAUCGCAUGAUUCAUCUGUGACACCGCUGGAAGUGGGUUUGGCAACGCAGCAUGAUCAUUUUAGUUUUGAACAACAAGAACAUGUGGCGAGUUUACAGAAGCAACAUGAACAUCAUCAAAUGUUUGUCCCACCUCAAUUUGCACCAGUGAAAAUGGAGUUUGCAGUCAAUGAUGCUAAAUACAUUAAUGGGGGUAAAUUUACGUAUACACCGGACACACCCAAAACAAAGAGAAGAGGCAGCGAUUAUCAACCAGACUAUAUUCCAUUGGUGCGUAAAAAGAAGUCGGAAAGAAGAAAAUCGUCCAAGUUGUUACAGGACACGAUCCAGAACGACAAUAAGUCGCUGUCGAUUAUUGAGGAUGCGCAUGCUUCCACACACAGUUUAUCUUCGACGUCGGUGAGCAGUACGGAAGAGAGUUCGACGGAAGACGAGGAGUAUUCUGAAAAUGAAAGCGAGGAUGAAGCGAGUCGAGUGACGCGUACGUUCAAGGCAUUGUGUCGUGCACAAAACAAGUUUGUGGCCAAAUUGACGAGUUUAUCACCAUCGAUAUCAUUGAAAAAGAAGCUUUCGUUGGAAAAGAUGGUGAUGGAUUAUGACAGCCCUUUUGCGCGUACGAUUGCCAGUAGUGUGAUACGACUGGACCCGAAAAAAUAUCAGGAUUUAUACGCCAAUGAAGAUUUUCAAGCGUUGGAUUUUCUGUGCCAGCAAGUGGUGAUGGGCGGAUAUCCAUUUUCGGGCGGGAUCGAGUCCAUGUCGUCGAACGGAUUUGAGGCCAAUGAAGGCGAAUCGGCCAAAGUGGUUGUUGCAAGAAGAAGAAACUUAUUACAAAAGUUUAAUGGAGAUGUUGUUCAUAUUCCUUCAACACCCAGUGAUGUGGAUUAUAUGACACAAAAUUUUAAAAAUGUGUUAAGUGACAUAUUUUUCCAACGAAAGAGUACGGAUAUUAACGAUAUGUGCUUGGAUCAAUUACCUUUACCUGCAUCAGUUACUGUAAAAGGACCGUUAAAUGUGCAACAAUAUUACGAUUUAUCUGAAACAAAUCAAACGCAUUCGAAAUAUGGUAAAUACCAAGUGAAAAAACGGCGUCCAGCAGAGCCAAAUCUCGACACGUUACAGCCACCGAAUAUUACGAUCAGCCGACAAGAGGACUUGAUUGAAGGGUCUUCGAAAUUGAUCAUGCUUUGGGAAAAAUUACGAUUGGAGCCUUAUUCAUGUAAAAAACACAUCAAUUACUUUGUGGUGUAUCCCAAGAAUGAUACAGUGGAGAGUAACGUAUCCCAUUUCUUGAAAGGAUUAAGUACCUUGUAUGAAACAUGUCAAUUGGGCGUGCAUCAUCCGGGAAAUAUAAGUCAUUAUCGCAGAGGACUUGCUCCUGUUCCUCUACUUCCAAAAUACGAUGAUGAAUCCAUGGAUGAUCGACAGCUACGUAGUUACAUGGUAGAAUGUCAAAAUCUCGGGUCUGCGUUAGGAGGAGCGAUGGCGGAAAAUGUGCAUAUUGUGAUCUACCUAGUUAACCCGGCCUCGCACUUGAGCUCGAAUCUUGACCUGAGUCGAUGUUUUAGUAAGCUGACCAACGCGUUUAAUGCAGCUGCGAUGGGUACACGGACUACAGAGAAAACACGAGCGCGACUUGUUUUACAAUUAAUGCCGAUUGAACAUAUUUUACGGUCUACAUCAUUUGGUGGGUGUCUCAAAUUCGGAUUGAAGGAAAUUGCAUUUUCGGUGUACAGUAAGUGUCAUGCAGUUGUGGGCAGGCACCACACGAUAGCGGGCGUAGAGGAUACGAGACCGAUCACCGAAAUGUAUGCACCACCCUUUAUUCUGUCCAAGCCAAUGCCAACCACUAUCCCUUUUCAACUCAAGAAGGCUUUGAAUGCGUUUUCCACCAUUUUAGAGACACCAGCGGUGUUGCACAUGGGCUAUUGCUUUAGUUUUGAUAAACGUUGGAUGAUUAUUGUAUGGACCGAUAAUUGUGGUGAACUUGUAGAGUUUACGAUCCUCGAUAAUCAACGUUAUAGUCUUCCCUUGGUGAAUGUAUUUGAAGAAGCUUGGGCCAAAACCAAAGAUAUUGCUAAGCGAGCAGGAUUUGCUUGGACUUUUGUCAUUGCUAAAAUUGGACUUGUAUUUGAAGAAGAAUUGCAAGCAUGGAUUCAAUGUGUCUCGAAUGAAGAAAAGGUUGCGAUUGUCAGUCUUGAUAUGGAGUCUACAUUGUAUGUCAGCCCCACCUCGGAUACAUACAUGAAUGAUGCGUCCGCGAAUACGGCGGAAACACUUGGUACUAAUACACAUAAUAUGAUGAACGCUUCAGCCUCGUCGACUGCUGCUGCCGCUGCCGCUGCUGCUACGGCUGCAUCUGGCGGCGGGAGUAAGAAAAUGUUUGUUGAUGUAGACACAUAUGGAUCAGGACAAACGAAGGCGUUACUGUUAAAUCAUCGUGUGGCCUAUUCAAAUAAGAGAGAGCGCGCAUCUUAUGGUAUUCUUGACAUGGAUCCAAUUUCGCAAAUAGAAGAUUGGAUGAUACCCUUGGCAAGUGGUUAUAUGAUCCACACACCGCCAUCUACAGAGAAUCCUAAUAAUGAAUUAUUUAACUGCAAUCCACUUGUGAUAGAGAUACAUUUAGUUUAUAAUCAAACCAACCAUUCAGCUUAUAGUACGCUGAGAGAUAUUAUCAAGAAAUACCAUGCGUUAUCCUAUGUGAAUGUGAUGCCAUCCAAUAGUAAUUGUUUCCCUAUUCAUCUUGCACUUGUGGAAAGACUUUCUCGUAUAUUACUUGUUGUGAAUACAUAAUUUAUCUGAUUCCCUCCCGCCCUUUUUUUCACCACCUUCUCUUAUAUAUCUUUCAUUAUCAUUAUUAUUUUAACCUGUAACAUGUUUCCUUUUUUUAUUUUUCCCUUUUUAAACAAAAAAGAUCUAACCCUUCUGCAAUUCACAUCACAUACUUUUAUAUAUUAACUUAUUUAUUUAUUUCUUCUUCUUUUAUUAUAUAUAUACACAUCUCUACUUCUUCUUGUACAGUUUUUAAAUACAUGAUUUUUAUGAACGACAACUAAUUAAAAGAAAAAGAUAUAUUUAUGAAACAAGUAUG